AUGGAGCAUCUGGCGCUGGGCUUGGUGCUGCUGGCUGGGACCCUGGCCACCGGCAGCCCCCUGCACCGGCGAGACCUCAAAUCCGUCAAGGAAAUGGCGCUGGACAUGGUCCCCACCUCCUUCGAUGACCAGUACUGGGGCUGCAGCCGCAUGAUGGAGGAGGAACUGAAGGAGCUCAACCGCACUGAGUUCGCCAACAACAGCGUCUACGCCGAGGCCUGGACCAAAGCCACCACUGAAUGGCGGAACCGACGGGGCCAUUUCGCCCAGGCGCCAGCGCUGCAGCCGGAGCACGCGAUCGCCCUCCUGGCGUACACCCAGCAGGGCCCCCUGUUCCGCGUGUUCAACGCAGCCGUGCGUGAGGCCGGGCGCUCCCGCGAGCAAUACCUGGGCGCCUUCAACUUCAAGGUGCUGCAUUUCCUCCUGACCGAGGCCCUGCGUGCCCUGCGGGACACCCAGCCCCAGCGCUGCCACCACGUCUACCGGGGCGUGGAGGGCAUCCGCUUCACCACCAACCGCAACCAAUCCAUCCGCUUUGGCCACUUCACCUCCACCUCCCUCGACAAAACAAAAAGCCUACCCUUCGGCAAGGACACCUUUUUCUCGGUGGAGACCUGCUACGGCGUCCCCAUCGGGGACUUCUCCUUCUUCCCCACGGAGGAGGAGGUCCUCAUCCCGCCCUUCGAGAGAUUCAAGGUCACCAACGUCACCCACAAAGGGAAUGGAACCCUCAUCCAGCUCCGCUCCCAGGGCGCACACAGCACCUACAACUGCGUGUUCGUGCAAGAGAAGAGAUGCAAGGACCGGCCGUGCGUCUUCAGCGCACGGAGGGGGUCAGGGAUGGAUCCUGCCCUCCGCGGGCACCAGGGCCACCUCCUCUCCCUCCCUCCUCACCCCUCUGCACCCACGGGCAGCCCCAUCCGCAGGACACGGGUGACACUGGGCAGCCUCGAUGUGCUUUAA